AUGACAGGAGAGUGUGUGUGGUUUGAAGGGAUACCCUUCCCGAGCAGGGAAUUCCCAUCUGGACACCUGAGAGAGGUGCAGGAGAAUUUUCUUAUUAAAGAUGAGGAUGUCUUACUGCUGACUUACCCCAAAUCAGUGGUAUUUGGAUCGUGGUUUGACCACACUCGGGGCUGGAUGUCCAUGAGAGACAAGGAGAACUUCCUGAUACUGAGCUAUGAAGAGAUGAAAUGGGACACGAGGAGCGCUGUGGAGAAGAUCUGCCAAUUCCUGGGCAAGAAACUAGAACCAGAAGAACUGGACUCGGUCCUCAGAAACAGUUCUUUCCAGGCCAUGAAAGAAAACAAUAUGUCCAGUUCUUCCCUCCUGAAGGGUCAGUAUUUAGAAGAGAAUGGAGAACUUCUGAGAAAAGGCGUGACUGGGGACUGGAAAAAUUACUUCACGGUGGCCCAAGCUGAAACCUUUGAUAAACUAUUCCAGGAGAAGAUGGCAGACCUUCCCCAAGAUCUGUUCCCAUGGAAAUAA